UGAUUCCAUAAUUCCAUGAUUUUUGGAUUAACCUCUCUUACAGAACCCAAUCUGUUCUGUAUAAAAMGCCACGCGUCAAACGGAGUACCAGUGCCGAUUAAUAUCUUCCAAUCUGCGACUGCGACAAAUUUAAAUCUGUUUUCAGUCACCGCCUUCCACUUCAUAGUCGAUGCCAUGAGCGCCGGAGCUCUCCUCUACUCCUUCUCUCCGACGCCCCCAAAUCCAUUCUCCCUCUCCCAAUGGAGCCCCAAAUUCCCCUCUCUUCCGCAGGAUCCACGCCGCUUCGUCUUCCAGAUUUCCACCACACAUUCCGGAGGGAGGGGGAACUGGCGGCUCUGGGCCGAUGUCAAAUCCAAACCCUACGACGUCUCCAAAAAACCUCCCAAAUCGAUGAAAUUCGAGUCCUCCAUACGCAAGCCUGUGCUCGAGGACGAAGAAGAAGAACAACAGCAGCAGCUCGCCGAUGAACUUCCAUGGUGGAAACAGUUCCCCAAACGAUGGCUCAUCGUCACCCUGUGUUUCUCCGCCUUUCUUCUCUGCAACAUGGACAGAGUAAAUAUGAGCAUCGCUAUACUUCCAAUGUCAGCAGAGUACAACUGGAAUCCACAAACCGUUGGUUUGAUACAAUCCUCAUUUUUCUGGGGAUAUCUCCUCACUCAGAUUGCUGGUGGGAUAUGGGCAGAUACAGUUGGAGGAAAGCUAGUUUUGGGAUUUGGUGUGAUAUGGUGGUCAGUUGCCACAGCUCUCACACCUGUAGCUGCUAAAAUUGGGCUACCCUUUUUGCUCGUUGUUCGUGCAUUCAUGGGGAUUGGUGAGGGUGUUGCAAUGCCUGCCAUGAACAAUAUACUCUCCAAAUGGGUUCCUGUGGCAGAAAGAAGCAGAUCAUUAGCACUUGUUUAUAGUGGAAUGUACCUUGGUUCAGUAACAGGCCUUGCCUUCUCACCAUUUUUAAUCCAUCAGUUUGGAUGGCCGUCAGUUUUCUUCUCCUUUGGCUCUCUCGGAGCGGUUUGGUUCACUGUCUGGCUCAAUAAGGCACACAGUUCACCACUUGAGGAUCCUCAACUGAGACCACAAGAAAAGAAGCUUAUUUUUGCAAAUAGCGUUUCCAAGGAGCCUGUUAAAAGCAUACCCUGGGGACUGAUCUUGUCCAAAGCACCAGUAUGGGCUCUUAUAGUUUCUCAUUUUUGUCACAAUUGGGGGACAUUUAUUCUUUUGACAUGGAUGCCAACAUACUAUCACCAGGUCCUGAAGUUCAAUCUCACAGAAUCUGGACUUCUUUGUGUUCUGCCCUGGCUAACAAUGGCGUUUUCUGCAAACCUUGGAGGCUGGAUCGCCGACACACUUGUGAGCAGAGGCCUCUCAGUGACUACAGUUCGCAAGAUUAUGCAAACUAUUGGAUUUCUUGGCCCUGCAUUCUUCUUGACCCAGUUGAGCCAUGUCGAUUCUCCUGUGAUGGCGGUUUUGUGCAUGGCCUGCAGCCAGGGAACUGAUGCAUUCUCUCAAUCCGGGCUAUAUUCAAACCAUCAAGAUAUUGCCCCGCGAUACUCUGGAGUGUUACUUGGUCUAUCAAACACAGCUGGAGUUCUAGCAGGAGUUUUUGGGACAGCGGCUACAGGUUACAUAUUGCAACACGGUUCAUGGGAUGAUGUUUUCAAGGUUUCAGUUGGGCUGUACUUGGUUGGAACAGUGGUUUGGAAUCUCUUCUCAACUGGUGAGAAAAUAUUGGACUAACCUUCUAGAAUGCAACUUUUGCCCCCUCAUUUCCAACCUAAUUCUUUCCUCCAAACCAUUGGUUGCCCACUGUAUAGUAGAUUCUCUUAGGGGGGUUUUUGGUAAAAUAUCAUUUUUCCUUUUUUCUUAGUAGUUGCCCAUUGAAUAUUUUUGGUGAUUUAAGUAAAUAUUUAUAAAUAAAUCGUUUGUGUAGUGUAUAUUUUCA